GCAGCUUUAAAUGUGAGGCAGAAAUGUGAUCGACGGCUGACAUGCGACAAGCAUCUGAGUGUUUUACAGAACUGGGCACUUCCUGCUAUUUUAAACAAGCCAGUAUUCUAGACAUGCUAAGGACGCUCCGCAACAACGAAUCUGGGCUCUGCUCUGCCUUACAUCUGUCAGAGCAACAGUUGCCAUAUCAGUGCAACGAGGAUGUGCGCAAGGAGAGCCUGAAAUGAGCUGAGGUGAACAUUUUCAUUGGAUCUAACAUCAAAUUCGUCCAAUACCGAGAUCUCAUAUUUAACAACCAUGCCCUCCAGCAUGAAGAUACGUGCUGUGCUGCUGUGGGGAGUGUGUGUGUUGUUUCCUGUGGAGUCGGUGACGAGUUCAGCACCAGAAAACAGCGGCACGAACGUCACUGUUCCACCAGACAUCACAGCCAACCAGCGAAUCACUGCAUAUGCAAACACGUUGCAGCCUGCAACCCUGCAUCCAGCAAAACCUACAGAUGCUGCUGCUCAUGCGACGGAGGCAGCGUCACCCACAGCGCACCAUAAGAACGGUGACAUAAACACAAGUAAAAGUGAGAGCAGACAACUUGGUUUGACUACUGCUGAAGAAGCAGUCAGCCAUUCCAAACCUCUCGCCCCCACAGAAAAGGUGACGACUAAGGUUGUAGAUUAUGUAAAGACGCCAACUGCAACUGCACAAACCUUCACUGCAGGGCUGACGUCAAGUACAAGCAAACCUCUGUCUGUCAGUCAACCAAUCACAGCUAGCAGAGAAGAAGAAACUUCUGCUCCAGUGACCACAGCAAGCGGUGGAGUUAAAUCUUCCACUGCCAUCUUCACUGCUACAAGUAAAGAACAAAUUUCCUCGUCAAAGACCACAGGCCAUGCACACACUGUUGCAGAAGUCACAUCAACUGGAAGUGGACUACAUCCGUCCACUGCCAUGACAACAGCUACGAGUGAAGUGCAACCGUUGUACAACCGUUCAACAACAGCAGAAGCAGUAAAUCAGACAACAGAUCAUCUCCUCCACACAUCUGCCUCCAGUUUUACUAACACGACUUCUCCUGCAACACAUUCUGCAACGACUUCAGCCUCAUUUGUUUCUACUCAAAAUUCAACAUCCAUUACUGGAUUCAGAUCAGAGGUACCUUCCACCACCUCUUCGGAUAACUCUACUCAAAGCACUUCCACCUCCAGUGGUCCCACAACUUCAGUUCCUACGUCAGGAACCAUUAAGUCCACCAGCACAGAGCUCUCAUCAAAAUCCUCUUCUGUUUCCGCCACCACUAACUUCAACUCUACUUCACCUGAACCAGUUUCCACUUCAACAGAUUAUUCCAACACCACCGCCAACUCUACCAGCCCAGCAGGAGCUUUUAUUCCUCACAUCAUUGGGUCAACAACACGCUCCACUCCAUCAACUACAAAAGCUCCCUGCGAACCGUCAAAGGACUCGUCAAGCAGCGAGGUUCUGCCCUGCUCCACCAAGGGCGUGGUGAAGCAGUGCCUCAUAGUUGUCGCCGUCUUGGCCUUGGUGGCCAUCAUCUUUGUAAUUUCCACCAUUGUCCUUUGCAUCAAGUUGUCAGCAAGAAAAUACAAAGUUAGGAAACCUCAGCAGGACACGGAGAUGAUGUGCAUCUCCUCUUUGCUGCCUGAUAGGAGUCACACCUACACAAGGCAGCGCAAUCCGGUGAGCAACGGAGUCCUGGUGUACCCUGUGGGAGGAGACAGCGAUGAGGAAGGUGGGGAUAAUCUCACUCUCAGCAGCUUCCUGCCAGAAAAUGACCGCUAUGUUUAGCUGGUUUGGUGUAGCCUUGUGAGACGGAAUGGAUCUGCCUUGGAUCAGUGAUGCAGAAAUUGAGUCAGUUUAUGUGGUAGACACAAAAACCACAAACACUUACCACUUAAUGCUCAAAGCUGGAUCACCAACAUUUGACAUUUGAUCAGAAGGAUGUUGACUUUGAGCAAAACUUGCCAUUUUUGCAUAACUUUACACAUGUUCUCCCCCCUCAUGGGAGAAUUGAAACCAGGAUGCAGAGAACGAUCAAAGCUGCUCUCUCUUUUUUUUUUUCUUUCAAACAUCCGGACCAAAAACUCUUGUGGGAUUUCACUUUGCAACAAGAGACAGGAAGCCUUCGCUUUGUCAAGAAAGAUGUCUUCUUCACAGAAACUGCUCAGUUUUUUGGAAACUGAAGACUUGACAGUUUAAAAUCGAACUUUAUUGAAUAGAUUUUACCGUUUAUCUGUGUGUAAAAGCACACUUUGUGAACUGCAAUAAUUGUGUUUUUUGUAUGUCAUACACAUGGCAUAUAAAAAGUCAACACACCUAUUGACAUGACAGGUUGUUUUGUAACCAAUGUUACUUCCAGUUAAUUCAGAACCUUACUUAAUUAAAAAAUCUGAAAUAUUUUAACGAGUACAAACUAAAUGUACAAACUAAAUUAAUGUGGUUGCAUGUUAUCCGAUCUGAUUCAGGUCUGAGCACUGACUGGACCCAUUCAAAACUUUAUUCUUCUUCCAGUAAAGGCAUCCUUCCAUUUUAAAUAGUGAUCAUUUUCAUAAAAAACAGUAUUUUUUAUGUGCACCACUUGUAGUUUUAACAGAUUCCCCCACCUGAGUUCUGCAUCUCUGCAUCUGAAUAAUGUUCUCCUUUCCCGGCUGGUCAGUUUUGCUAGUUUUGGGAUUUGUUACCUGUUUAGUUGCUAACUUCUACUUAUAGCUGAUAACAAAAUAUAUCUCUACAAUUCAUGCCUUAUAACACAAAAGGGACAUGGUAACAAGUAAAUAUAUUACGGUAUUAUGUGUCGUUCCUUGAACCAGGGACAAAUAUCUGAAACGGCGAUAGCUAAUACUAGCAAUUUUCACCACAGUCUAAAUGCACUCAGUCGUGUUGAAACACAAACUAAAAGUUCCUCACUGAGUUCUGUAUUUCCUAGUCCUUUAUAUUAGAUUUUGUUUUCAACUACAAACCUGAAAAAUCCGACUUCCCGGCACAAAGCAAAUCCAAAAUUUGAGUCGUUGUCCAAAAGUUUCUUUUCUUCCUCAAUGUUUUAGCAGAAACUUGAAGUUUCCUGCUAAAAAUAAAACAUUCACUGGUAUUUGGAAAUAAUUUUUUCAGAAUUUUUUCCAAUUUGACUAAUGCCCCAAGUCCAACUGAAGAGAAACAACACCAAACAUGAUGUUGCGUCCCUCAUGCUUCACUGUGGGUUUCAUGUCCUUUUGAUAACUUGUAAGUUUUGGAAUUAUGGUCAAAAACUUUGAUAUUGGUUCCCAUCAGUCCACAAAACGUUUUCCAAAGUAUUUUUGUUGAAUUUGAGCCACCAUCUUGCCACUUUGUCCCAGUUCUCAGACAUGUGCUCUACAGCCAGUACCACCCAGAAUCUGGAUCAGUUUUCUUAUUUUUGUCAUAACUUUUGCUGCGUCUUCCCUAUGCUCCACUGUGUUUCUAGCACUUUGGAAAAAGUUUGUGCCAUAUCCUGACUGACACCUUUUUGACACUGUGAUCCCUCUGAUGCUCUAUUAAGGUUUCUGCAAACCAUUCCUUUCACUGAGAUGUGAUGAAGAAAAUGUUAGGAAAUGCCUACUAGCAGAGUUUUACUUUAUUUGGAGUUCACCAGAGGAACCUUAACUCCAAUUUAAAAUGAGUGUAUGACAACAGAGUGUAUGCACCCAUGGAACCACAUUAUUUGAUUUAUUAUUCAUCCACAUUUUAAAAAUAUGUUUGUUGUUUUAGCUAAUUUGCACAGAGAAAAUAUUUAAUGACAAGUUGUGAAAUUAUUAAUCUUGGUGUAAGUUGUAUGCAUCAUAUUUUAACCUGGGUGUGUAUACUUAUUAUUCACUAUAUAGUAUUCUGCUGAAAGUGGCUUUUUCCUGGUAGGGCUGCAGGAUUUCUUAUUUAUUUUUUUGGCAGCUUUGAGAAAAAUCUUUGCAUACGUUUUUUGGAAGAAAGCAAAUAAAAGUGUAGAGAGUGCUGGUAUGGUUGACAGUGAAGGGGCCCAAGCUAAGUUUUAAUUGUGUAUUUCUUGGAAAUUGUAGACUUAAAAAAAAAAAUAUAUAUAUAUAUAUAUAUAUAUAUAUAUAUAUUAUUUCUGCAGAAUGUUUUAUGUUUUGUUGUCUCCAUUUUGUUUUGUUCGCUCCUAACGAUACUCUUAUAAAAAGCCCAGUCCACUCAGACUGGUAAAUAAGGAUACUAUUUUGAUACAUGUGCUUUCCUCAAAGAUUAAUCUGUAAUUGAUGAGAAACAUGAGAAUAGAGAUUCGUACUAUUGAAGUUGUGACAGCAGGAAAUUGAGGGUGAAUCAAAGUCAUUUUGACCUUUUUAUGCACAAAAUCAAAAAUCACAAUUUUGCAUUAUGAAUUUAGACUUAAUAUUUGUUUUCUUGUCUAAUGUUAAACACAAUCUGUGUAUUGUUUAAAAUUGGAAAAAUCAGAAAUCUCUUUAGGAAGGUAAAUGAGAAUUGGUCAAAUUCACCAAACUCUAACUCCCUCUUCUCUGCAGCUGAGCUGAGUAAAUAGAUUAAUAAUGAUGCAUUUACUGUGUACAUUUGCUGUAGGAAACAGUGUCUUUCAUCAUUAAAUGUGUAGUUUUGGUACUUCUUUUGUAACUUCUCUUUACGGCUCUGUAAAGGGCAGAGUCAUAAUAAAACUGGAUCUUCUCUAAACUCA